AUGUCUGAAUUGACAGCUAUAAAACCACAUCAAUCUAUACCAUUCCCAAUUAUUAUACUGUCUAUAGAUUGUAACAUUGGAGAUCAAAUUACAAAACAUUUUCCAAUUUUUAAAUAUAGAUAUUGGGAUUAUCAAGAAGAUCCAGAUUCAAGUGAUGAAACACCAAUUAAAUCAAGAGUGGAAAGAAUAGGUACUUUUGAAAGUCCAAUUGAAGGCGAAAUUAAAAAAAUUAAUAUAAAUUUACAAGACGAAAUAAUAUCCCAAGAAACUGAAUUAUUUUUAAUUAAAGAAGCUUGUAAUCAUUCUGUUCAAUAUGGUGGUUUAUGUGCUUUAUGUGGUAAAUCUUUAGAAGAAGAAAAAGAUUAUUCUGGUUAUAAUUAUGAAGAAAGAGCUACUAUUGAAAUGAGUCAUGAUAAAUCUGGUUUAAAGAUAAGUUUUGAUGAAGCUGCAAAAAUUGAACAUUCAACAACUGAUAGAUUAACAAAUGAAUCAAAAUUGAUACUUGUUGUCGAUUUAGAUCAAACUGUUAUUCAUGCUACUGUUGAUCCAACUGUUGGAGAAUGGCAGUCUGAUCCUUCCAAUCCAAAUUAUAAAGCUGUUAAAGAUGUUGAAAAAUUUUGUCUUGAAGAAGAUCCAAUUGUACCUAUUGGUUGGACAGGUCCAAAAUUACAACUGACUAAAUGUUGGUAUUAUGUUAAAAUACGUCCUGGUUUAAAUGAAUUUUUAUCAAAUAUGAAUGAAUUAUAUGAAAUGCAUAUUUAUACAAUGGCUACAAGAAAUUAUGCAUUAGCAAUUGCAAAAAUUAUUGAUCCUGAAGGUAAAUAUUUUGGUGAUAGAAUAUUAAGUAGAGAUGAAAGUGGUUCAUUAACUCACAAAAAUUUGAAAAGAUUAUUCCCCGUUGAUCAAUCAAUGGUUGUUAUAAUUGAUGAUAGAGGUGAUGUUUGGCAAUGGGAAAGUAAUUUAAUUAAAGUUGUACCAUAUGAUUUCUUUGUUGGUAUUGGUGAUAUUAAUUCUUCAUUCCUACCUAAAAAAUCAGGUCAAUUAAUGGGACCAACUAAAAGAAGAAAAUCAAUUGCAAAAUUAGAAAUGAAUCAAGAACAAGAACAAGAAGAGAAACAACAAAAACAAAAACAAAAACAAAAGCAAAAGCAAAAACAACAAACUAUAACGUCAACUACAUCUCCAGUUUAUGAAAGAAUAUUGGAAUUAGGUGGUGGUGAAGAUAAUAAAAAUUUAUUGCUUGAACAAAGUUUAACUCGAAAUCAAUCAAUUGAACAACAACAACAUGAACGACCUUUAGCUAAAUUACAACAUGAUUUAGAACAAAUGCAUGAAAAAUCUAGUGAUGGAAGUGUUUCAAGUGAAGAAGAUGAAGAAGAAAAUUUAUUAUUUGAUGAUGAUAAUGAAUUACAAAGUUUAAAUAAAACAUUGGAAAAUAUUCAUCUUGAAUAUUAUAAUAGAUAUAAAGCAGGAGAACAACCAAAUUUAACAGAAAUAAUACCCAAUAUGAAAUCAAAAUGUUUACAAGGUUUAACUAUAUUAUUUUCUGGUAUAAUUCCAUUAGGUAUAAAUAUUGAUUCAGCAGAUAUUGUAAUUUGGUGUAAACAAUUUGGAGUUAAAGUAGUUAAUGAAGUAACAUCAGAUGUAACCCAUGUUGUAUGUAGAGAUAUUUCAGAUGAUAUUGGACCUACAUUUAAAGCAAGAUUAACUAAAAAAUUAUAUCCAGAUUCAAUAAAAAUAGUUAAUCCAGAUUGGUUAUUUUCAUGUUUAAGUAAUUGGGAAAAAAUAGAUGAAAAAGAUUAUUUAAUAUCAACAUCAAAUCCAAAAUUAUGGACAAUAAAAGAUUCAGAAAUUGAAAGAUAUAAAAAAUUAAUGGAAGAUAAAGAAAAAUUAAAAGAUUCAACAUCAUCAACAACAACAGCGAUUGAUGCAAUUACUGAUUUUGAAUAUAAUUAUGAUGAUUUUGAAGAAGCAAAUCAAGAAGUUGAUGAUUUCUUGGCAGGAUUAACCGAUGAAGAAGAUGAAGAUAUGAGAAAUCCAAUAAUUGCAGAUGAAGAAGAUGAAGAAGAGGAAGGAUCAACAAUAAAUAAUGGGACUAAUUCAUUUAUACAGAAUCUAUAUAGUAACAAGAAGAGAAAGAUGGAAUAUCAAAAUGAAAGUGAAGAAGAAGAAGAAGAAGAAGAAAUGAAAAAGAAGAGUAAGACAAAUGAACAAGAUCAACAAGAUCAACAAGAUGAACAAGAUGAUAAUGAAGAAGAUGAUGAUGAUCUAGAGGAUCUUGAAAAAGAGUUAUUAGACGGUUUUGACGAUUUAAAUGAAUGA